CAUCAUCAUUCUGCACAAUUACUUGAUUUACAACAAUGUCAGACGGAUACAGCGCUCACAUCACCAACGACAAAAGCACGGCACCCGCCAGCAGCUAUUCCGCAGCAACAACAGCGGCCUUGAGCACCGCCCCCGACACUAUUGAAAGCGCCUCGCGGAGGGCAUUCAAAAGCACGGCGCUUUAUCUGCAGGCAGAGCUAGAGUCAGCGGGGUCAGACAUUCACCUUUUGGAAAAGCUCAAUGAUGCGUCUAUUGCAAAGUACGAGGGCAUCUCGCGGCAGGCUCAGGAUAUGCUGGUUCACGCUUACAAGAUAAAGCAGACGUACAACGAGAUGGAGUCCCAAUUGGCCGAGAUAGAUACACUGGUGGAGUCCAUAAGCAACCUUGAGCAAGUGGCGCAGGAGCUCGACAGGUUUUCGCUCCAAAUAGAAGCCAAGUUCCAGCGCUUACUCAAGUAGACCGCGCGGCCAAACGACAAUGCAUACCAUGCCAUAAGCUUAUUGUGUGCUGUCAUGGUUACUUUGUCCACUGCCAUUGUAGUUUUUUUAGCUGAUUUUCUCCAUACAAUUUUUUAACAUAUCAUCUGUACAC